AUGUCAACAUUAAAAGAACGUGAUUAUAUUUCGCAUAGUUGUACGGCCGACGAAAUUAGUGCGUUAAGCUUUAAACCGCAUAUAAGUCAACGACUUGCAGUUUUGAAUCAUCCAAAAACAUCCAUUGAUCAUGAAAUUCACCAUACAUUACGCUCAUCAUACGUAGAUGAUGAACGUCUAUCGAUACCAUCGCCAUUGCAACGAUCAGUUUCUACACUUGAUUAUGAUUUAUGGUUAGAAUCCGGUAAACAUAAUCAUAAGUCAUUAUAUCCAAAAAAUCUUGAUGGAAAACCACCAAUUAAUUUUAAUAUCUGGCGAAAUUUUCGACGUUAUCAUACCGGUUUAGGUGAAAGUAUUAAACGUGAGAAAACAAAACAUAUUAACGAUAUGAUAGCAUUUUCGUAUCCAAUAACAAUACCGGCUCCAUCGGUAUUGGGAAAUAAUCAUUUGCGACAAUAUCUGGAAACAAAUUGGCAUGAUCUGCUCAAAAAUCAAAGACACUAUCGAAUGGCUUUAAUUAAAGCUGAUAGUGAUGAAAGAUUAUUACGACUAUUGAGUUUAAAAAGUGGACAAAGAAAUCCAAAUUCACCAGAUUCGAAACGUUUUCGAGAAGUUCAACGACAACAAAAGUCUGCUCAAUUGAAAAAAGUCUCAACAUUAUCACAAUUAGUGAAUGAUAGACAUGACACUGAUUUUACACUACAAAGUUCACGACUGCCGCAAAAUUCAUUAAAUGAAUCAUUUCAUUCGCCAGUACUUCAUGGACAACGUUUGCCACGUGCAGUAUCGGGUAAAAAAUUUUUACUAAAAGAAAAUCAUCCAUCGAUUGAAAAAUUAAAAUUUGAACAAGAAUUGAAAACAGCUGUUGAUUUUCAUCGUGAAUUAACAAGAGUUAAUACUGCUAGUGGAAAAACAAUUCAUGCCAAACAUUGA